CGCUCGAGGGGACGAAUGGAGCGUUGCCUAUGAUCUUGCAUCAAUCUAUCAUCUCCUGCUCUACACCAAAUCACGAAAGGUUUUCUCCCUUUCAUCAAUCCAACUGCCAUUGACCAACAUUCUCUCACCGACUGAGGUCUCAUAACUGCAUACAUCCAUACACCACACCUGAGCCCCUCAAUAUACAAACAAACCUACGUUGAUCGAUAUCAACCCACGCCCCGCCCUCCUCACAUAAGUCUCACAACCUCAUCACCAGACACCUACCGAGAGAAAGAAACCAUAUGGCAAUCAAACCGAUGUCCACCACGGACGAAUCCGCGCACAAGCGCACCGCCUCGGCCACCAGCGCCGUCCAGACUACCCCUCCCCCUGCGAAGCGCCCCGCGGCAACCCCCGGUCCCUCCGUCACCGCCCUCCCGCCCGCACGCCGCGAGUUCCCGCACGCCGUCGCCCUCGUCCUCUACCGCGACGCUGGCGACGACGUUUCCUCCUCGACGACGACCGUCCUGGGCGUCCACGCCGGCCUCGCUGACGCCAACGCCGAGGUGCGCAGGCUGGCGCGGGAACAGGGUGUCAACCUCGCCGACGUCACGGCCAACGACAUCAGCCCCGUGCGGUGGGACGCCCCCGACGGCACGUCGUGCUGGGUCGAGGCGCACGCCGUCAAGCCCAAGACCUUCGUGCCAAGAACUACAUCCGCCGGGUCGUCGCCGGCGGAGCAGCAGCCGCCGAAGAAGCUGUAUGAUGCUGAGGAGGGCGAGGACCCCGACCUUGAUGACGACGACCAGGACGAGGGCGGGCACUACGACUAAGGGAGACUGCAGACGUCCUGCUUCGGGCUGGUUUUUUUGAGUUGGCGUUUGGGUAGUGAACACCGUUGCACCGCGGGCUUGACU